UUGCAAUUGACAUUUACCUCUGGACUUAAACACCUUUCUUUCAGUGAUGUCAUCCUCCACUCCCCUGCUGUCUGAGGAGCUGUUCCAAUGUUCAGUGUGUCUGGAUGUGUUCACCCAACCUGUUUCCCUCCCUUGUGGGCAUACGUUUUGUCAGUCAUGUAUUCUUGCUCAGUGGACAGCAUCCGGCUCCUCACACUGCCCCAAAUGCUCAACAGUUUUCCAGGAAACACCGGAGCUGUGUGAAAAUAAUUUUGCCCGUGAGAUGGCAGAGCAGAUCCGUAGCCAGAGGACUCAGAGGGAAUCGGAGCAAUGCCCAGUGACUUCGGACAACAUUUUAUGUGAUAUGUGUCCAUUAGAGAAAGCAUCACCUGCAGUAAGAUCAUGCCUGGUGUGUGCGGCAUCAUACUGUGAGGAACAUGUGAAAUUGCACACCUCCAGGUUCUCCAGUCAUGCACUGGUGCAGCCGCAGCACAGAAUGGACGAGAGAAUUUGCAGUAAACAUGAAAGACCGUUGGAGCUUUACUGCAGAUACGACAAGACGUGUGUGUGUGUGCUGUGUACGAAUGCAGAACACCACACACAUCACACUAUACCCGUGGAGCGAGAAUGGGCAGAGAGAAAGACUCAGUUAUUGAAGACACAGUCUGAUCUGAAGCGGAUGAUUAAGGCGAGAGGGAGUAAAGUUGAGGAGCUCAAACGCUGUAUCAAACUAAGCAAAGAGCACUCAGACAGAGAGAUGACACACAGUGUGGAGGUCUUCACUGCCCUGCAGCAGUUUAUAGAGAGAAGCCAGUCCGAACUGCUCAGAAACAUGAAACACAAGCAGAAAACUGCAGAGAGACAUAUGGAGACUCUCAUUAAAGAACUGGAGGUGGAGAUCAUGAAACUAAAUGCUAAAAACACAGAACUGGAAAAGCUUUCAUGCUCUGAAGAUCACCUCUACCUCAUACAGGUCUUCCCUAGCUCACAUGUGCUGCCUCAGUGUAAGAGCUGGUCUCAGGUCAGUGUGCACACUGCUCAUGGUCUGGAGUUACUGAGAGAAACACUGACGGCUACAGAACAACUACUGAGGACUCAAAUAUACACUGCCACACAGAGAGAACUUGAGGCAGUAUCCCAAUAUGCAGUGAAUAUGACCCUUGAUCCUGAUACUGCAAACCCCUGGCUGGUGGUGUCGGCAGACAGGAAGUGUGUGAGGGAUGGCAGUGUGGAGCAAAAUUUCCCAAACAACAUUCAGCGUUUCGACACCGCACCCUGCGUCCUGUCGAGAGAGUCUGUCUCAAGAGGAAGGAACUAUUGGGAAGUGGGUGUGGCCAGUAAAUCAGCAUGGGAUCUGGGUGUGGCCAGACAGUCAGUGAACAGGAAGGGUUUGGUGACCCUGAGCCCAGAUGAAGGGUACUGGGCGAUGUGUCUGAGAGAAGGCAGCGAGUACAGGGCCUGUGACCGCCAGUCAGUGCUUCUGCCGCUGCAAACACAGCCACAGAGGAUAGGCAUUUAUGUGGAUUAUGAAGAUGGACGGGUGUCGUUUUAUGAUCCGAGUGCUUGUGCUCAUAUCUAUUCCUUUACUGGACACAGCUUUCAAGAAAACUUACUGGCCUACCUCAACCCAGACAUGAAUGACGCAGGAAAUAACAAAGCCCCAUUGGUUUUACAUCCUGUUAAUCUUGCCAAUGAUACUGUCACAAUAUGAAGGCAAAGUGUUAAUAAAAAUAUAAAUUUUACAACAAAGGGUUGGUGAUAAAACCAAAAAGUUUAAUCACAAUAUUCUUGACAUUUUUAUUGAUUAUUAAAUAUAUAUCUUGAUAUAAUGUAUUAUUAUUAUUAAGUCCAAUGCAGUGAUAGACCUGUCAUUUUCAUUGCAAUGAAGCAACUAUAGCAAUACAAAUAAACAAAACAUUUUGUUUCCAUUGAUCAUAGUAUAAAUAUUGGAGGGGUUGUACUUGUUUCUUUUGAUUAUUGGGGGGUAACCCAAUAAUCAAAAAGGUGUAUUUGUAGUGCAACCUCUGAUUUGAGUGUGCACACCCGAGCAGAAACUUGAAAAUUCAACCAGUUGACUCAUUUCUACCUGUAUAUCGAACUAUAUUUCAAAAUUAUUUCAAAUGACGUCAAAUGAAACAGUAAAAUAUAGAUGAAUGGUAAGUGUUCAUUUGAGCAGAUAAGCUUUUUACUUUUUAAUUAAAAAAAAAAACAUAAGUCCAUGUCCAAUGUGUUUAAUCAUGUUCAAUACACAAAAAGCAUACCUCCAGAUUUGUCAUAGAUAAUACAUUUAAUAAAUUGCAUAUUUUUACUCCCAGUGUCACACAUACUUGCUCUUGUGCUACUCGCACACUUC